CAUCAGUGGUUGGUGGUUGAACGAACAUUAGCAACGGAAACGUCGGCGUCAGCAGAGACGCUAAGCAAGAGAUGUUGAAAAAGCAAGAUUGAAAGAAGCCGAAAACAUACAAAAAUCAGUUUUUGUUGGUACGUGCUCUCGUAAGGUCAAACCACCGCUACAGUAUGUUUAUCUAUGGAUGCACUUAGGAUGACAAUUUCGGAAUGCAUCCAUUAACAGGAAAUCACCGAAAAUCAAUUCGUUCAUAAAUGUAUGUGUGAAAAGGAGGUAAAUUAACUGAACGUUUGAGCUGGGUACUUUGAGGAAAGAAAGUGUCUUCUUAAUCGGCCAUUGCUCCAUCGCACUCACCGUCAGCGGCCACUAUAAUUCACCCUCCAUUAUUUUAUUAUGGGACACGAGGUCUUCAGCACAAAGUCUCAGCUUUGGCUCCAAGGGUUUCCGGCGCCGCGGGACAUACCGAAAAUCGUUAUUAGUUCGUGUCAAAGCAGCAGUAGUCUUCACAGCAUCCGCAGCGCUAGUCGCCAUGAUAUACACAGCUCUCAUGGGACCGGAUCCCGUGAAAUAGCUGCCAGCUACGAAACCGCGUCCACAGAAGGCGGUAUUCUGAUGGACAGUCCUCUACAAAGAAGCGACGCUAUAUCCGAGUUCGAACGGUUUGCCCAUAACCCCACUCACAUCCUCGAAUCCAGCGAGUGCAGCGAUGUAACGAGUGGUGUCCAGAUUGCCCCGCCUCAGAGAUCUCAAACACUGGAUAUGCUGAACUCCAGCGACUGCUCGCAUUCUGAUUCCGAUUCGCGGAUAGAAAAGCGCAUUCGCCACAAGUCCAUUAAGGCCCAAGCUAAGUGCUCCUCCACUGCAUUUAGAACCACGGAAAACACAUUGCUUUCUGCGGCAAACGGAUUUCCGCCCCAUUAUACGGCCAUUUUUCUGGGCAACCGCCAUCACCCCAACGGAAGUUCGGAAUCUGUAAACAGACAGUUAUCUGGACAGUUUUUGACCGGCAAUUCCGGGAGGAGUGCUGACCCGUCCUGCUACCUGCAGUAUCAUCAGUAUUUUCCAUCGCGACCCGUAAUGGGCAGCUUAGGACUCGAACUUGCGCACCAGCAUCAACCCCAUCUUAUGAACCAACCGCCCAGGAGGAUUUUGGAUGUGGCAGUUCCACUGCCCGGCAAUUCCCCAGAUGUCGAUAACUACAUGCCGAGCGGAGACCUGAGAAGCGAAUACGGAAUCCGGAAGUGUUUCUCACGUCCUUCCCUACCUUUUGUGAUUAGUAUUUUUGCUCUUGGUGGCGUGGCGUGCACCCUAGGCGGCAUAGUGCUGGGCAGCACAGGUCUUAUUGAGCACUCCACUCAAUAUCUAAGCGCCGCUCUAUUGAUGAUUGGUAUAGGAGUUUCAUUAUUGGUGAUAUCGGGAGCCAUUUGGCGUCUGAGUUUGCCAGACGAAGUCGAUAAUUGUCUAUGCUUUAGGCAAUCUGAAACUUGUCGCAAUUGUAAUAGUCCGCACUGCCAGAACCGGGCUCUUUCUGGCAGCUACCUGUACCCCGAGUUCCAGAAUCGACAGCCGCCGCCAUCCUAUCUAACAUCUCUUAACGAGUAUGCUUUGUUCUACUACCAUAGUGCUAAUUCGGCAGCGACCGUCGUAGCUCACACCCCGGUCGGAAUAAGCACUCCUCCACCGCUGUACUGUUCGACGUACUCCCUAAAUACAUCAAAUACGAGUGGUCCUCCUGAAAGAUAUUCUUACUCGCGAACAAUAGAGUUCCCAUCGAAUAAUCGGGCGGCCGCCUUGUGCACCAGAGAGGAUGUCGGUCAAACAUCAUCCAAGGAUUUAAAUAACGCCGAAGUACCUGCGGCUGAACCUUUGGGACGACGAAUACUAUCGCCAAACACCUUCAAAGAUGCUGAGCUUGAUUAGAGCUCCCUCCUAAUAUGUAUACUUUUAUACCUUUACUUGAGAAAUUAAGACUCUUGAUUUAAGUGUGUUCACGUGAAAAUUCAGAUUGAGCACCUAUUUAACUAUUGACUGAUUUGGAAUUUAAAAAUUACGAAAGCUUUAUGGGCAAAAAACGACCAAAACAAAUCUAAAAAGAAACAAUUACAAAAACAAAAGAAAUUAAAAUUAUAAGAAAUUAAAAUGUUAAAACGACUAAAACUUCAGAUACAAGCUUAUUAUAGCUAGAAAGGUAGAUGAAAAAUUGUGUUUCCCCUGUCAUAGCAUAUUUGGUCAAAACUUAAGUGUUGCGAAAUAAGGGCAAAAAUUUCCUUUUUGUGCCUUUUGCAUGAAGCCCAAUGCGGAGACGCAGUAUCUACAGUUUGGAAACGCUAUUAAUAUUGCUCUUUUCCCAUGAUUACAAAUGAACACGAUCUCAAUAGACUUUUAACAGCUGAAAAAUUAAACUACUCCAUAAAUCUCGUCAGUGGUGCCAUCAGUCGGUAGACGCAUGAACUUACCUUUCAGUCGUUGUAUGUAUUUAUUUUAUAUAUAGAGUGUUUUUAUCGUUUUCACUUCAAGUAGGAACAAGAAAGGAAGAAAACUUCGGCAACUCGAAAUUUAUAUACCCUUGCAGUUAUUACAAAACGACUACAUUUCAA